AUGUCUAAACGUGCUGCUGACGACACCAGCGGUGGUGGUGGCUCUGCAGGCUCCGCUGCCAGCUCAAAUCUUGGCCAACCACCCAUAAAAAAGGUCCACUUCGAACCCCAUCUCAUCGGUCCGGUGUCCACUUUGGAGGAGAUGGACAUUAAAGUAUUAGAAUUUCAGAAUAAGAAAUUGGCCCAACGCAUAGAGCAACGUAUGCGAACAGAGGCUGAACUCCGACAUCGUAUAGAACAGCUCGAGAAAAGACAGACACAAGAUGAUGCCGUUCUCAACGUUGUCAAUCGUUAUUGGAAUCAAUUGAACGAAGACAUACGUGUCUUGCUACAAAGAUUCGAUGCCGAGACAGCCGAUGAAUUGGAGAAUCGUAAUGAAAAUGAAGUUACCACCUCUUUCCUGACACAAUUAUCAACAUGGGACAAGGAAGAACUGGACGAUAAGUUGGCAAAUCGUGUCCAAGUCUCAAAACGAGCUGUAGCCAAAAUCGUUCAAGUAAUUGAUCGGGUUAUGCAGAGAAAUGAAAAGAUAACAAUGGCCCUAAAGGGCGAACCACAACCGGCUCCCGCUGCCGCCGCCGGUGCGUCAGGGGAAAGUGCCGGCGAAGAGUCGCAAACAGAUGCUGCUCCCAACAAUGCAUUGCCCAACAUUGAGGAAACUCUCAAACAGCAUCACAUUGAAAUUAUGACAGAAAAUCGUAAUUUACAAAAUCUGAAUACAUCUCUUCAUGAAAAAUUCCACACAAUGUCGUUAAAAAUGAAAGAAUAUCAGGAUGCGUUGACGGCAAAAGAAACAGAAAAUGCCGAAUUGAAAAAUCAAAUUGAUGAACUGCAAUACGAUUUGGAAAAAAUCCAUUGUCGCAAUGAUAAAUUGGAAAAUCAUUUAGCCGAAGCUAUAGAAAAGCUUAAAGCUUAUCAUCAGAUGCACGGUGAUCCCAAUAAGAGUUCCUCUACAUCGAAAGGUUCAGGACAUUCGCAUGUCAGUAGCCAUCAAGUCGAAGAUUUACAAAAGGAGUUGGAAGAAUAUCGUGAAUUGGCUAAUAAUCGUCUGCAGGAGUUGGACAAACUACAUGCCACACAUCGCGAAACUUUAAAGGAAGUCGAAAAGUUAAAAAUGGAUAUUCGCCAACUACCCGAAUCGGUUAUUGUGGAAACAACCGAAUACAAAUGUCUACAAUCUCAGUUCUCGGUUUUGUACAACGAAUCAAUGCAAAUCAAGACAAUGCUGGAUGAGACCAGAAAUCAAUUGCAGAACAGUAAAAAUCAACAUUUGCGACAAAUCGAGGUAAUGGAAAGCGAAGAGUUAAUUGCCCAGAAAAAGGUACGCAGUGAAAUGAUACAAAUGGAAGAUGUACUGGCCCAAAUACGCAAAGAAUACGAAGCAUUACGCAUUGAAUACGAACAGAAUAUGGCGGCAAAUGAACAAACAGCACCCAUAAAUCGUGAAAUGCGCCACCUCAUAACGUCGCUGCAAAAUCACAAUGCCCAAUUGAAGGGUGAGGGAUAUCGUUACAAACGUAAGUAUAAAGAUGCAUCUGCUGAUAAUGUGAAAUUGCGUAGGGAGCUGGAGGAAGCAUUGGCCAAAUUGGAGGGCACUAAACAGAAUACUCCCAGUCAGGGCACCAAUGGGGAUGAUGUUAAGCAGGAAGGUGCAGCAACUGUUAAAGAUGAAUUUGCCGGUUCGUCUGGUGGUUCAGGCAGUAAUACAAGUGCCUCGAAUGAAGGUCUUAAUGUAAAAGAGGAGGGAAGUGCCAAUAUAAAAUCGGAAGAUGAAACCAUGGAUGAUGAUCUGACCAAGGAUCAAAAGGAAGGCAUUAAAAAGGAGCAAUCAUCGCCAGGCGGGCCCGAAAAGAAAGAUGUUGCUGCGGCAAAUGCAGCCGGCUCUACGCCCACAGGCGCCUCUGGAACAGGUGCUGCUGCCAUUAAGCAGGAAAAAGAUGCCAAGGAGGCACAGAAAACAAAGGAUAUCAAAAUUCAAGAGUCCGAGACGGUGCGAGAUUUGAAAGCUCAAUUGAAGAAAGCUCUUAAUGAUCAAAAGGAAAUGAAACUGCUACUCGACAUGUACAAAGGUGUUUCCAAAGAUCAGCGUGACAAAGUCCAACUGAUGGCUACAGAGAAAAAACUUAGAUCCGAAAUAGAAGAUUUGCGUCAGCAACUGAAAAAGUUACAGGAAAGCAAACGUGAGGAACGUAAAAAACUUGCCGAUGAAGAAGCUCUGCGUAAAAUCAAGCAACUGGAGGAACAAAAAUAUGAACUGCAAAAACAGGUGGCUAGCCAAAAACCACCAGAUAAUGCCUGGGGUCCUGGGGGACCAAAUUAUGCUCGGCCGUUUGUCGGCUCCCAUGAGGAGGAGGCACUGCUUAAUGAAAUGGAAGUUACUGGUCAAGCCUUUGAAGAUAUGCAGGAACAAAAUUCAAGACUUAUUCAACAGUUACGCGAAAAGGAUGAUGCCAAUUUCAAACUGAUGUCAGAACGCAUAAAGGCCAACCAAAUGCACAAGUUACUGCGUGAGGAAAAACAAAUACUAGAAGAUCAAAUGGCAACGCGGGACACCCAAAUAGAAGCUAUGCACAUAGUCUUAAGGAAGCUGGAGGAGAAAGAGCGCAGUCUGCAGGCCACAGUUGCGGCCAUAGAAAAGGAAUUGGUACUGCGACAACAGGCCAUGGAAAUGCAUAAACGUAAAGCAAUUGAAUCUGCCCAAUCGGCGGCCGAUCUCAAGUUGCACUUAGAAAAGUACCACGCCCAAAUGAAAGAGGCUCAACAGGUGGUGGCCGAAAAGACCAGUUCGCUUGAAGCGGAAGCCUACAAAACCAAACGCCUGCAAGAAGAAUUGGCUCAAUUCAAACGCAAAGCAGAGAGGAUGAAGAAAAUUGAAAUGGCUGGUACUACCAUCGAUGAAGUUAUGCUGGAGGAGAUUAGAGAAUACAAAGAGACACUCACAUGUCCCUCGUGUAAGGUUAAGCGAAAGGAUGCUGUUCUAUCGAAAUGUUUCCAUGUCUUUUGUUACGACUGCUUACGUACUCGCUACGAGACAAGGCAGCGUAAAUGUCCCAAGUGUAAUUGUGCAUUUGGUGCCAACGAUUAUCAUCGUUUAUAUUUAACUUAAGUUGGAA